UGAGGGACAAUGACUAUUCCCAGCUUGAUGCUUUGGAAAGUGCAUUUGGAUUUUUCCAUUUUAGACAAAUGUCAGCUUUCCCCCGAAGUGGGUUCCAUCGUGCUUGUUUGUUCCAAAUCAUUUUUCAGUGCUGUGAUUUCCCUUCUCUUUGCUUUAAACACUCAGUUAUGUGGCUUGUCUCCACGGUGUGGAGGUGCCGCGUACCUGGGUGGGUCCCUCUGCAUUUCUGGCAGGAAGGAGGCGUUUGUGAAUACUGUCAGUACUUUUGACAGGUCGGUCACAUUGGAACCUUUGCCCCUGUGGUUUAAAACCAAAGAUGACUGUGACUGUGGAGGUACCCUGUGUGCUCAGCGCUCAAAUGGGAAAUGGAGAAGGUUCCCGGAACGUGUUUGGCAGUCACUUCUGAGUUUUCCACUGAGACCCGAACAUGAAGAAAAUCUGGCUCCUGCCAGUUGGCCAACCUCUGUCCACCUUCCCCAGCUCACAGGGCUGCACGCUGCACUGGGGCUGUCCUCCGCUGCUGGAAAAUCACGCCGGUGCUCUGCACAAACAGUGAACACUGGCCCUCUGCUUGAUCCAUGGAACCGAGAUGACAGGAUCUCCUGCCUGUUCUUGAUAAUAGCUGUAGUUUUAUUUCAGAUUUUCAUUUAAACAAGUAGUUUAAGGCCUCAGCUGGGAAAGGGGAUUGAAGUAUCCCCAAUGGACAAAGCCUCUGGCACGCCAGAGUGACAUGUGACUGAGCCCGAGUGACUUUCCUCCCUUCCCCACCCAGGUUGCUGGGAGAAAUAACUAUGGGUUUUUGACAACUCUUUCCCAAAAUACAUAGUGGAAGGCUGGGAAACACUGAAUUAUGAAAUAAAGCAAGGCAGUUCCUUUUGUCAUCCUUGGCACCCGAAUCCUAAACUAUGGUAAUGACAUCAGCCCCUUAACGGUGUACUCCAGGGCACCUUGCUCUUAGGCAAUUUGUUUUUCUGUGUGUGCUCUUGAACAGACUCUGUAGAAAGUGGCUGACCUGAUGCAAAUGAGUUUUUUGUUUUGUUUUGUUUGAGACAGAGUCUCACUCUUGCCCAGGCUGGAGUGCAGUGGCACGAUCUCAGCUCACUGCAAUCUUCACCUCCUAGGCUCAAGAGAUUCUCCUGCCUCAGCCUCCUGUAAUCCCGGGAUUACAGGUGCGUGCCACCACACCUGGCUAGUUUUUAUAUUUUCGGUAGAGACGGGGUUUUACCAUGUUGGCCAGGCUGGCCUUGAACUUCUGACCUGAAGUGAUCCUCCUGCCUCGGCCUCCCAAAGUGCUGGGAUGACAGGCGUGAGCCACCGCGCCCGGCCUGAUUUUGGAUGGUUAUAGUUGGGAAACUAGUUAGUGCCCAGAUGUUGUCUCUGGGGGAAACGAGGAAACUGACAGGAUUCCAGAAGGCUGCUGUUUGAACGGGCUCAUUCAGUUCCAAGAAGAGAUGGAAGAGGCAGGAAACGUGAGCAUAUGUGCUGCCUGCCCUCCAUUGAUUUGCUUAAUAACAAAUUCACCCUGUCUGGACUUGUGACCCCCUCUUAUGUUCAGAAGAGCUACUGGGGGGUUGUAGAGACAAAUGAGUCAUUUUCUCAGCUCUGAUACUGACCCCAGAGGGACAUGUGGCCACUUCUCCCCGACUUUUCCCCAGGGGGACUUGCUUCUUACACCUGCCGCCUUACUGUUUUUCCUCAAGCAAGCUUGUUGCAGGCACUUCUUCCUCACGUGGUGCUGAACUUAGCAGGGGUGUGGGACAAGGAAGAGAGGGGGUCACAGGAGUUUCAGAGGGCUCACUUUGAGACUUGCUGAGUUGACCUGGCCCAGGAUUCUUCUAAUGCUGUGUGUGACUGUGUGUCUGUGCCAAAAGAGUUUUUCAGUGUGUAUGCAUGCAUGAUGUAUGUGUGUGGGGUGGCAGGGGUGAGGGGGGGCGGGCAAGAGGGUUAUUUUCUGGGUCAGAAUAACCUUUUAAAAUGGUAAGUUUUCCGCUAGGAGAGGAACGCCAUUUUGCUCAUCUGUCUAGAUGUUUUUCUUCACCUGGGCCAUGGAGGGCUUUGUUUCACAAGCUUUUCUCCUUUUUCGUCGUUUGGGUGGCAGAGAUCUCUGCUCCGCCCUGUGACACAGGGCCCACCCUCCAUGUCCCAGGCUGGGAUAGAUUACAGAGGAUGUGUCCUCCUAGUGGCCCCCGCCAGCCACCAGAGUGAAGUUGAUGCUUGGGUGCUAUUGUGUCGGAAAUUGGUGGGUUCUUGGUUUCACUGACUUCAAGAAUGAAGCCGCGGACCCUCGCGGUGAGUGUUACAGUUCUUUUAAAGAUGGUGUGUCCAGAGUUUGUUCCUUCUGAUAUUCGGAGUUUCUUCUUUCGGGUAGGUUCGUGGUCUCGCUGGCUUCAGGAGUGAAGCUGCAGACUUUCCCGCGAGUGUUACAGCUCUUAGGGUGGUGCAUUUGGAAUUGUUCAUUCCUCCCGGUGAGUUCGUGGUCUGGAUGGCCUCAGAAGUGAAGCUGCAGACCUUCGCGUUGAGUGUUACAGCUCAUAAAGGCAGUGCAGACCCAAAGAGCAAGCAGCAGCAGCAAGAUUUAUUACC